AUGUUGCUCCUUCUAGUGUUUCUAGUGAAGAAAAUAGUGACUCUGAGCUGCCCUGCAAGUGAUGCUUUCCUUGUUCCACAUGAGUGGUACCAACCUGGGGACCUCAUCAUUGGUGGGAUAGUGUCCCACACCUAUUACAACCUUCAUGAAAUUAAUUUUAAGGAACAUCCUUAUAAAACAUCUUAUGACACACCAAAUGUAUUAAUCAAAUUCUACCAGCACAUCCUUGCCUUGGUUUUUGCUGUAAAGGAGAUCAAUGAGGACUCCCAGAUCUUACCCAAUGUCACUCUUGGGUUCCACAUCUAUGACAGUUACUAUGAUUCAAGGAUGACCUAUCGCACCACUCUGGACCUGCUUUUCAAAUCCCAGGAUUUUGUCCCUAACUACAAUUGUGAUCGUCAGAAGAAUCUCAUGGCUGUUGUUGGGGGAUUGGAUUUUGUCACAUCAUUUUAUAUAGCUGAAAUUAUAGGUUUCUUCAAGAUUCCACAACUGACAUAUGGCUCAUUAGCCCAAGAGGAAUUUAAGACCAGUAAGCUCUCUUCACUAUAUUUCAUGGUCCCCGAAGAGGACCAUCAGUACAUUGGGAUUAUCCAACUACUUCGUCAUUUCAGGUGGACAUGGAUUGGGAUAUUUUAUUUUGAUAACAACAAUGGAGAAAAUUUCUUACAGAAAAUGCAUCCCUUACUUUCAGAGAACGGAAUCUGCACAGCAUUUAUAGAAAGUCUUGCUCAACAGCUCCACUUAGAAAGAUUCUCCGAACUUUCUCAAAUGAUCUCCACUAUUUCCUUUAAUAUGAGGAAUAGCAAAGCCAAAGUGUUUCUUGUCUAUGGAGAAGUCUCGACAGUUAUAUGGCUAAGAUGUAUAAUAUUUCUGAUAGAUCCUGAAAGCAAGGAAACUGCAUUAUUAAGAAAGGUGUGGAUCAUGACUGCACAGAUUGAUUUUGUAUUACCAGGCACUCAUAUCAGAUGGGAUCUGAAGAUGUUUCAUGGGGCUCUUUCCUUCACUCUUCACUCAAAAGAAGUUGUAGGUUUCAAGGAAUUUCUUCAGACCACAAAUCUUCUUUCAGACUACAGAGAUGGGUUUCGGCAGAAUGUUUGGGAACAAUCUUUUGAUUGUACAUUUCCAAAACCAGAAUUACAAGAAACAGACAGUAGGCAGUGCACUGAGGAGAUGAAGCUGGAGGAUCUUCCUGCAUCUAUAUUUGAAAUGGAAAUGACUGGGCACAGCUACAGUGUCUACAAUGUUGUUUAUGCUGUGGCUCAUGCUUUGCAGGCUCUACACAUGUUGGUUUUCAAUAGGAAGAAAACUAUGAUGGGUAAAAAGACUGAUCUUCCACAUCUUCAGGCUUGGCAGGUUCCUCCAAUUUCUCGAUGCAAUGACCCUUGUUUCCCUGGAUCCUGGAAGAAAGGGAUUGAAGGGGAUCAGUUCUGCUGCUAUGACUGUGUUCCCUGCCCAGAAGGAAAGAUUUCAAAUCAAAAUGAUACGGAAGAUUGUUUUGAAUGUCCAGAAGAUCAUUAUCCAAAUCAAGAAAAGAAAGGAUGUAUCCUGAAACUGCUGCUCUUUCUAUCUUUUGAAGAAACCUUAGGAAUUGGUUUAUCCUUAGCAGCUCUUGGUUUCUUCUUCUUGACAUCUUGGGUACUUGGAACUUUUAUUAAGCACAGGGAUACUCCCAUUGUCAAAGCCAACAACCGGUCCUUAACUUAUACCCUCCUUGCCUCUCUUCUCCUCUGUUUUCUCUCCUCUUUGCUUUUCCUCAGCCAACCUGGAGAACUGACCUGCCUUCUCCGGCAACCAAUGUUUAGCAUUACCUUCUCAGUGGCAAUUUCUAGUGUACUGGCCAAAACCAUCACUGUGGUUGUGGCUUUCAUGGCCACUAAACCAGGAUCUCAGAUGAGGAGAUGGGUGGGGAGAAGAUUGGCUCUUUCUAUUGUCCUCUCAAACUCCCUCUUUCAAGUAUGUAUUUGUAUUCUUUGGUUGUCAACAUUUCCCCCUUUCCCUGAGUUGGACAUGCACUCAGAACUCCAAGAAAUGAUUUUACAAUGCAACGAGGGGUCAGCUUUCUUCUUUUAUUGUGUCUUGGGCUACAUGGGUAUCUUGGCCAUUGCCAGCUUUAUUGUGGCUUUUCUUGCCCGUAAAUUACCUGACAGCUUUAAUGAAGCCAAGUUCAUCACCUUCAGCAUGUUGGCCUUUUGCAGUGUGUGGAUCUCCUUCUUUCCAGCAUAUCUGAGCACAAAAGGCAAAGCCAUGGUAGCUGUGGAGGUCUUCUCCAUCUUGGCCUCCAGCGCUGCAUUAUUGGGAUGCAUAUUCCUCCCCAAAUGCUAUAUCAUUGUUUUCAGACCUGAACUAAACCACAGGGAGCAACUCAUAAAGAAAAAUUAG